AUGAGUCAAUCACCAGUGGUCGGCGAUAGUGUGCGAGUCAACGACAAGGAUGGGGUGAUCCACUGCGAAGAUCAAGAACUUGGAUCUGUCGAUGACAAGGCAGGCACCAAUAUGUAUCAUGAGAGUGAAGCUCUUCCUGAAUUCGACCCCAAGGUCCUGAGGAGACUACGGCUGAAAAUUGACCUUUGGACCGUCCCCAUGAUCUUUCUGAUCUCUGGCCUGGCCUUCCUCGAUCGUGCCAACAUAGGCAAUGCUCGACUCGCCGGACUGGAGAAGGACCUGGGCAUGCAGGGAAACGACUUCAACAUUGUGCUGACGAUCUUCUGGGUCGUUUACAUUGUUUUGGAAGUGCCCGCUCUCGUCGCAUGCAAAUACUUUGGUCCUGGAUGGUUCCUGCCCGCCAUGACGGUGGGGUACGGCUUGAUGUGCCUCCUCCAAGCCUGGGCGCAUAACAUGGCCCAGAUGUGUGCUUUGAGGGUCAUGAUCGCCCUCUUUGAAGCUCCCGUGCUCGCUGGUUGCGCUUACUACUACUCCCGCUGGUACACCCGUGCCGAGCUGACUUUCCGUCUGGGUUUGAGCAGCACGGCGGGACCGAUCAUGGGUGCCACCAGCGGUCUGGCCGCAUCCGCCAUCUUGACCUUGGACCACUUUGGUAGUCUGACCCGUUGGCGAAUGAUAUUUGCCAUUGAGGGAAUGAUCACCCUCAUCAUCGCGGCUUUCUUGUUGGUUCUCUUCACGGAUCGUCCGGAAACGGCUCGAUGGCUGACCGAGGAAGAGAAGAAGAUCGUAAUUGCCAGGAUCAAAGCUGAACGUGUCGCUACCACUGAGGUCCUUGACGGAAUCGAUAAGGCGAAACUUCUUCGUGGACUCAUCAAUCCAGCCGUCAUAGCGGUCGGCUUUAUCUUCUGUCUGACCAACAUCACCGCCCAGGGUUAUUCAUUCUUUCUCCCGACCAUUAUUAAGUCGAUCUAUCCCAACAAGAGUGUGGUUCACCAACAGCUUUGGUCUGUUCCGCCGUACGCCGUGGGCUUGAUCACCAAUAUUGGAGGCUCAUACCUCUCCUGGAGAUUCGACCGCCGGAUUAUCGUCAUGGUCGCGCUCCUCCCACUGGUCAUUUUAGGAUACGGCAUCUUCUUGGGCACCCUGGAUUCUCAAGCCCGGUAUGGCGCUACCGUCAUCAUCGCCUUUGCAAUUAUGCCAUUCCAAAUCCUCUGCCAAUCGCAAGUGGCCGCCAACGUGGUAUCGGAUACGGCUCGCUCCUCGGCACUCGCUCUCAAUAUCAUCAUCGGCAACAUCGGAGGCCUUAUCUCUACCUGGGCAUUCACGGCUUCUGAUGCACCACACUAUAUCCGCGGAAGCGGCCUCAACAUCGCCAGUGCGUGCACAUCUUUACUUUUGGCCAUUGGCGUCAUCUUUUGGAUGAAAUGGGACAACAAACGUAGAGCUACCAAGGACCCCGAGGCGGAGCUGAGUGGCCUCUCUCUCAAGCAAGUUCACGACUUGGAUUGGGCUCAUCCCGGUUUCCGGUGGAAACCAUAG